AUGGCCAAGUUAUCCGACCUUCCAGUCGAACUGGUUCAAAGGAUAAUCAAUUGCACCAUCCAUCCUCAAGUCAAUCCGAGUUUGACGAAGGACAGUGACACGCAUCAUCACCUUGCAGACCACAACGGAAUUGGAGGCACUCAACAGCCACCAAGACCACAUGCUCUAGUUGGAUCUGAUGCAAGCGAUCUUACCGGCCGAAAGUUGGCUCGAGCCGAUUCCGAUGCCCAAAUCGACCAUAACGCGCCAACUGAGCCCGAAGUCUCGUGGCCGGAGGCUCUCCCGUCCAAUCCACUAUUGCCACUAGCCUUAGUUAACCACCCCUUUCGAGAAUGUGCUCAAGAGACGCUCUUCAAAAACGUGACUCUAGUGAACCAAUGCCAGGCUCACGUAUUCCAUCGAGCGCUUACUUGCCCCUACAAAGAAGAUACAUCAGGACACACUGAAAUCAAUUCGCCUCGAAUGAGCCAACUAGCCAGUCAGGUUCGCUCCUUAAACGUCAAGUGGAGCGGCUACUGUUCAAUGGGAAUAGGUGGAGGCUCUGUAUUUUGUGAUAUCAUCCGCAGCUGCCCGUUGCUCGAAAACAUCGCCAUAAGUUCUACAUUUUUGACGCGCUGCAAAGACCCAAUCCUGGAUGCCUUGGCGAGUCGGCGACAUAUCAAAGAUUUCGUUGUUCUCCAAGACCACAAGUCAAGCAGUACAACUUUUCAAUGGCCGCCCAACGAACUAGUCGAUCGACUCUUCUCCAGAUGGAAAUUUCUCGAGACAGUCGAGCUCAUCAAGCUCCCUGGUCAGAGAGUCAGGGAGAUAGCUGAAUCAAUUCACAGACCUAUAACUCUGCCGGUUUCCACACUUCGAACGCUCAUCCUGAAACAUUUGGAUUUGGACGAGAUGGAGCUCGCAAUGAUUAUUAGAAGCUGCAAAGAGAGUAUGCGGACGCUCCACCUCAUAAGGCCCAGCGGGAAACUCGACCGAGCGGGCUUAUGCCGAAUCCUAAAGGAAUGCACUAGUCCGUAUUUGGAAACUUUGACGAUUGAUGUGGACGUCAUGUGGCACAUGCCUUCGCUAACUUCGACGAACGCAGCUGGCAUAAUUGACAUUGUAUUGAGCUCUCUCGCCUUGAGUCAACUCAAGUCCUUGUCGAUCACCGGCUCAUUGACCGGCUCCCAGUUCUUCAGCCUCUUACCUCAAUCUAUCAUCAAGCUUGCAUGGGAAAGUAGUGGCAUCCCACCCGCCCCGUUUAUCAAAGCCCUCUCAAGCUGGAGAGACAGCGAGACUCAUACGCGCCCCCUGGCGCAGCCUCGCCCUCAAUCUGAUUCCGCUGCAGGUGGUAAUGGUCGUGUACAAUGGUUACCCAACCUGAAGUGCUGCUCCGUCCGCGUUGGUAGAAAUUGGCGAAAGGAUGUUCGAGAAGUGGUUCGGAACGCGUUGGAAGCCCGGUCCGCUUGUUUUCACUGUGCCUGCCGACAACACUUUCAAUCAUGGGACGAGCAGUGGGACAUAAUGGCGUUAGAACAGGACACAGGGCAAUCAUUGCGCGAUAUGGAGAACGAACAUGAUUAUGAUACACCAGGAUCAAGUGAUUAUGACCCGAACGACGUAGAUGAUAAUUUAGAAGAAGAUACGCCUACGGACGAUGAAGACGAUGAGUUCGAUGAUGACUGGGUUCGAUUCGAAUUUCACUUUACCAUCCGCGUUCAAAACCCUUUGGCUCUACUUCUAUGGGACUGGUAA